AUGGCGAAUAAAAUUACAAGCCUUCUUUUCUUUUUGGAAAUGCUGAUUCUGAGUGAUAUCUUUCAGAGAGCUUUUUCAUUUGGGGUGACAUUGCUUCAUCCAUUGUUUCUUCUUUGUCUUGCCAACUCGCUCCAUAACCGUGGACAGAAUCCAUUUUCAUUUCUUUUGGAAUGUGAACACGAUCUUCAUGAAAAGUUUUUGUGGAAAGAUUUGGAAUUGAAAGAACCUUAUCGUUUAUCCUAUGAGAAUGGAAGAGAUAUUAUUGCCUGUGGUUUUGACAAGGAAAAGACCUUUAUUUUUUCCAAUCUCGACUACGUGUCACAUUUGUAUCCAGUGGUUUGUAAAAUCCAAAAAGAAGUGACCACAAGUCAAGUGAAGGGUGUGUUUGGUGUGUGUGACAGCAAUAAUAUUGGGGAUAUGUCAUUCCCAGCUAUUCAAGCUCCAUCCUUCGAUCAAUGGUCUUUUCCUCACAUCUUCCCAGAAGAUAAAUUUGGAAAGUAUGGUGUUGCUUGUUUAAUUCCAUGUGCCAUUGAUCAAGAUCCUUAUUUCCUUGUCACAAGUGAUGUUUCCAGAAAAUUGAAAUGGAAAAUUCCAAGUGUCAUUCAUUCAAAGUUCUUCCCUGCAUUGCAAUCCAAGAAGAUGUCUGCCUCCUCUGAAACAUCAUCAAUUUAUUUGACAGAUACUCCAAAGUAA